AACGGUAGCCCUAGCUUGUGUGCUACUUUACAAAGUUCCAGCCAUCUCUUCUUAUAUAUAGAAAGUUUCAUUUGAUAUCAUAAACCUUACAACUACGUACUAACUCCUCUCUCAUAAUAUGAAUAUUAACAACAACGAUGAUGAUGACAAAGUCACCAUGGACCUUGUUCCAUCAUCUGACCACUUCUGCUACGUUCGUUGCAAUUUCUGUAACACUGUUCUUGCGGUUGGCAUCCCUUGCAAGAGGCUUGUAGAUACUGUGACGGUGAAGUGUGGUCACUGCAGCAACCUCUCAUUUCUUAGCACCAGACCUUCAUACAAUCAAAAUCAUGCCAUUGAUCAUUCACUCACUCUUCAUCACCAGAGGUUUUACAGUGAUUUGAAAAAAGGCCAAGCAUCAUCUUCAUCAUCCUCAACAACCACUUCUGGAGAGCCCGUGUCCCCUAAAGCUGCACCCUUUGUUGUCAAACCACCUGAGAAGAAGCAUAGGCUCCCAUCUGCUUACAAUCGUUUCAUGAAAGAGGAGAUACAGCGCAUAAAAGCAGCAAACCCUGAAAUCCCACAUCGAGAAGCUUUCAGUGCUGCAGCAAAAAAUUGGGCUAGGUACAUUCCCAAUUCGCCAACUUGUUCGGUUUCUGGAACUAAAAAAAUAUGAAUGAAGGAGUUGUGGAAGUGGAGAUUAAUUGGGAGAGAAUAUUGGAGCAAGUCGAUUAGAUGUUACAUUAAUCUAAGUUAAUAUUAUUAUAUAUAAACCCUAUAUAUGUAGUAUGUUCUCAUGUAUCCUAUCCUUUACUUCUUGAGAAAUGAAGAACAAACAUUUGAUUUGGCAUAAUUAUCACUUUGGUAUAAUCAAAUAUAAACAAGGUUCCUA